CCGAAAAAGCACGGACGUUGGAGGACUCUGCCAAGCCUGAACAUAGGGAAAGACAGCGCGGAGCACGUCGAAGAAGCGUAGCCGGGGCUAUGGAGGACGGCCACGUGCACGCAGAUGGAGGAUGUGAUAGACAGCUGCAUGGGAUUGCCAUGCAUGGCAUGCACGUCCUGAACCGACGACCCGGGCCGAAUUACCUUCACGGGCUUGACCCGAAGAACCGGCAGCGCGACUCCUCGCAGUGCCCAGGCUCUACGGGCGGUACCGGAGCUGGAACCGAGGCCGUACGCGGAGCCGGGGCGAGCGCCAGAUCCCGACCCGGGCGGGUCCUGGUUCCCUCUCAGGAGCAUGAGUGUGACGAGACUCGUGGCACUUUCACAAGACGAGGAGGACAGGACGCCUUGCCAGGCGACCAAGCCAGUGACCGACGUGAUGUGGACACGUCACGUCGAGUGACACGUGUCCACGUCACGUCAAGUGACACGUGUCUAAGUCGACUUUGUCUUGGGAUGGUUUGCUGUAUGGUUUCACAAGCGGCCGUGUUGGUCCCGGUCCCGAUCGCCACUGGGUUGUCAAGAGCAGACGUAAGACGAUUGGCUUUCCCCGACUCGUUGCGACGUGGCAGAAGGAGAGUGGUGCUUCAUAGUUGUUGUCGCCGGACGCUCCCACGUGUCGUCUCCCCCACGGGCUUAUUUCGGAAACGGGGAACUCCUCCUUUCUCUGACCCCGGGUGCAGGGUAUCAUUGUCCUUGGAUGGCGGGAAGUCCCACGUGUCCCAUCGCCUGCCGUCCACGUCAGACUUGACAUGCUCAUCUGGCGAACACGAGGAUAAAGAUAUGGAUAAGGUUCUUGAUCCCGUGACGACGACGCCGUUGUCGCCUUCUCUUGAAGCUACGUCUAUGGCGGUGGAUCCGCGUCCAUCGGCGGCGCGGACAUCUGCGUUGCCGCGAGAUUGGGAAGAUCCGACGGUAGUUUCGCGGAACAAGCGCCGAGCGCACGUGCCCCUUCACUCCCACCGUGAUGAGGACUCGGCAGUUCGAUUCUGGUGGAAGAGAAGUGUGGAUGCGACGGCGCAAGGGGCAGAGAAGGCGCCAUGGGGAGACGAGGCGGUAGAGGAGGCGGUAGCGAGUGCCAAAUGGUGGACGGAGGGGUUGACACGUGUCAAGUCGUUGAGCGGGGAGUGGAAGUUUCACCUUGCAAGCAAACCAGAAGAAGUGCCGGAUGGUUUUCACACCGUCGAUUUCGAUGAUUCCAGUUGGGACACGCUGAAAGGUGAAAAGUUAUUUCUUGUAUUUGAAGCAGUGGACUCAGCAUUCUAUGUCUGGGUCAAUGGGACUUUUGUGGGCUACAGCCAGGAUAGCCGGCUGCCAGCAGAGUUCGAGAUAAGCACACACUGCCAUGGUUUGGAAACGUCGACUCCCAAUGUUGUGGCUGUCCAGGUAAUGAGAUGGAGUGAUGGGUCAUAUCUCGAAGACCAAGACCACUGGUGGCUCAGUGGCCUUCAUCGAGAUGUACUUCUGCUUUCAAAGCCACAGGUACACAUUGGAGACUACUUUGUGACGACUUCUCUCUCGGAGGAUUUCAGCUGCGCUCAGCUCGAGGUUUCAGUCGUCGUGGAAGCACCACGUGAUAUUGUUAUGAGAGGAGGUCUACUACAGUGCACGGUUGAGUGUGUCCUCUAUUCAGAUUGGGAGCGGUUGGAUGGGAACAUAAUGUCAGAUUGGAAGAAACCAGAAGAAGUUGUCAGAACAAUGAUGGUUCCAGUCGGAAGGGAUCCAAUUGGGUGCACUGCAAAGUGUUUGAUCUCAGCCGUUGUUGUUAAUCCGAAUCUAUGGUCUGCAGAAAAGCCCUAUUUGUACACAUUGGUUCUUUCCUUGGUUGGUGCAGAUGGGGUACCUAUGGAGUAUGAAGCUUGUCGUGUUGGUUUCCGUAACGUGGCAGUCGGCAAUAAACAGCUACUGGUAAAUGGCAAACCUGUCAUCCUUCGGGGAGUCAAUCGUCACGAAAACCACCCAAGGCUUGGGAAGACGAAUGUGGAGGCUUGCAUGGUCAAGGAUAUCGUCUUGAUGAAGCAGCACAACAUUAACGCGGUACGGAACAGUCACUACCCAAUGCAUCCAAGGUGGUAUGAGCUCUGUGAUCUACUGGGUCUCUAUAUGAUCGAUGAAGCGAACAUUGAGACGCACGGCUUCGACCCCGAACCAUGGCCAUUCCCUCAUCGGCAGCUAACGUGGGAUCCAGAAUGGUUGCAUGCAAUGAUGGAACGAACGGUGCGGAUGGUCGAGCGGGACAAGAAUCACCCAUGCAUUCUCAUGUGGUCCCUCGGUAACGAGGCAGGCUAUGGGCCAAAUCACGAUGCCAUGGCUGGGUGGAUCAGAGGACGAGACCGUACGCGGAUCCUGCACUACGAGGGAGGCGGAUCUCGUACAUCCACAACGGAUGUUGUCUGCCCUAUGUAUGCGCGUGUCCCAGAUAUUGUCGCCAUUGCCAACGACCCUCAUGAAUGGCGCCCAUUGAUUCUCUGCGAGUACUCGCAUGCCAUGGGGAACAGCAACGGCAAUAUCUAUAAGUACUGGGAAGCAAUCGAGGCAACCUAUGGCUUACAGGGGGGCUUUAUAUGGGACUGGUCUGAUCAGGGGCUAUUGAAGGAGGGGAGCGAUGGCGUGAAGCACUGGGCAUUUGGUGGCGAUUUUGGAGAUGUCCCAAAUGAUUACAACUUCUGUCUGAAUGGAAUUGUGUGGCCGGACCGAACCCCCCAUCCUGCACUUGAGGAGAUCAAGUACCUUUACCAGCCGGUCAAGAUUUUGUAUGAUGAUGAAUGCAUCAAGGUCUUCAACAGAGAGUUCUUCGUUACCACCUCUCAUUUGUCAUUCAGCUGGGCUGUUCUUGCUGAUGGUUUCAUAGUGGGGUCUGGGUCUAGCUGGGACAUCGGGCCCAUUGGCCCCAUCCCUCCUCGCUCAGAGGUGAAGAUACCCUUCGAAAAAGCCCCAUGGAAACACCUGCUCAGCUCUGCGUCCAUCGUAGAAGAUGCUGAAGUUUUUGUCGAUCUCAAGGCCUGCCUGGCCCAUGAUCUUCCCUGGGCGCUUCGCGGACACGUGGUCGCCUCACAGCAGGUUCCUAUACCAUCUCGGCUCCGCGUGGUGACCGUCAGGAACAACCAUGAGACCACGGACAUGCCACAUCGCAAGACAGUAGUUGUGGUGGCGGAGGGUGAUGAAGUCGUGACGUUGUCUGCAACAACCGAAGGCAUCACAGGAGAGAGAAUGAUAGUCAAGAUUGACAAAAGAAAGGGCACAAUCGUGGAAUGUUUAGUGAACGGGGUUGCAUUGUUGGUUGAGGGCCCUUUGCCUUGUUUCUGGAGGGCUCCGAUAGACAAUGAUCGAGGAGGCGGCGAGGGCCGAAGCUGGGAGUCGCGGUGGCGUGAAGUAGGCCUCGAUAAACUCAGUGUGACAUCCGUCACGGAUGUGGCUGUACAUCAGUCGAGCGACACAUCAGCCGAUGUUGACUUGACACUAUGGCUGGGCACGAGCUCCGAUCAGACAGAAGCAGAUGAGACAGAUGCUGCGGAGAAGGAGCAUUCUGGAACGUCUGGCCUCUUUCAAGUCCGCGUAACUUAUUCAAUCGAUGGGGAAGCCAAGAGCAUCGUCGCCGAGUUCAAGAUUCUUCCUCUCAGCUUUCUUCCACCACUUCCUCGUGUUGGGGUUCGGAUGGUGGUACCUCACAGACUCAGCAAAGUUGCAUGGUAUGGACGCGGUCCUUACGAAUGCUAUCCCGACCGGAAGAUAAGUGCCCGAAUUGGGGCGUACAGCUGUCGAGCAGCAGACUUACAUGUACCAUAUAUUAUGCCUGGGGAGUGUGGAGGCAGGGCAGACGUUCGGUGGAUGGCCAUUCUUUCUGAAACAGAGAGCAAGGAGGACGAAGGCAAUCAGCCUGCCGGACUCAUGGCAUCGCCAGCGAGAGGCAGCCCUCCAAUGCAGAUGAAUGUGAGCAUAUAUGAUGCCUCAGAACUGGAUAGAUGCACACAUCAUGAAGAUCUCCGCCCUUCUUCCAAUGGGAUUCAGGUCCGUCUUGACCAUCAGCAUAUGGGAGUUGGUGGUGAUGAUAGCUGGACGCCAAGUGUGCAUGAAGAGUUCCUGGUAUCUUCUGUACCUUACUCGUUUGCAAUCCAGCUGUGUCCGAUUGGCAACGUGGAGGACGCAAGAGCGAAAUACAGCAGGCUUCGGAGUGCCAAUGCUCCUGUUUCUGGAUGAAGCCUUUGCUGACGGCCACUCCGACCCGGCAUCAUCAUCUCUCUCUCUCUCUCUCUCUCUCUCUCUCUCUCUCUCUCUCUCUCUCUCUCUCUCU